GUAUCUAGAUAUCCAUUAGAGCUGGGUUCCUUUCGAAAACCAGCCAGAUCCGCCUAUGCAUGCCUAGAUUAUGGCCCUUGAUAGUAUAAAAAAAUGCUAUUGUGUAAACAAUUGGUUGUGAACACGAUACAGUCUUCAGUUUUGAUUGUAUCUCGAUGAAACUUGUACAGUAUCUAGAUAUAGAUUAGAACUCGGUUCCUUUCGAGAACCAGCCAGAUCCGCCCAUGAAUGGCUAGAUUAUGGGCCAUGAAAGUUUCAAAGAAAUGCUUUCUAUUUUUAGCCAGGUCUGCAUGAGCGAAUUCUAUUUUUAGCCAAGUUUACAUGUACAUGUAAAUUCAAGUCUAGAGUUAAGGGACACAAUUUGCAAGUCUAGGAUUUUGAGAGACAAUUUGCUUUUUGCUUCUGCAGCUGAUUUUGUGAAUUACUCUGCCUUGUUCUUGUUGAAAGCCCAAAGGCUAUUUUUUAACUCUAAGUUUUGUAGUUUGCGCAUUCAUCUUAACAAAAUUGGUUGUGAAUGUUUAAGUUAUGCACCUGGUGUCAUUACUGGCCACACCCAGGGUUCACAGGUUUGGUAAACAUAAAUCUGGAAAGGUUUGAAAAUCUUUUUGUGUGUUCGUGCAUCCAUCUCAGCACAAUUGAUUGUGAAUGUUUGUUCAAAUUGAUCAAUGUUGUCCUAGGAUGCCCUUGACUUUGACCAACUUUUUUUAACUUUUAAAAUUACAGAAUUUUUUUACUAUGAGUACAGUUUUGAAAGCAUUUUUUUGUCAGAUGACUUUUGCUUGGCACAUAUUAAAAUAGUUCAUGCAACUAAUCUGCUUACAAUACUUUCUGGGCUCAGAUGUUGAACCUGCUACGUUUUUAGGUAACCCAAACACAAAACAUAAACUAUAUGUCUGUUGCCUUUUACCCAUACAUACAUGCUCUGGAUUGAUAUGACCACAAAAGCCAUGCCAGUAGAGCAUAGGCCCUUUUGGGCCUCUUGUUUUAACAUAUAUAUAUUAAACAAUAAUUCCGGUGGGGACGUUUUGACCAGCCAAUGGGGACGUUUUGACUUUUGGUGGGGACGUUUUGACCAAAAUGGGGACGUUUUGACGGUAGGACGUUUUAACCUGGGGACGUUUUGACCUGCAACCGGCAGUUCUUAUGACUACCUUAAUAGUACCUAUGCAGGCUGCCACAUCCACAAAACCAGAUGGUACCGCUAUUGACGCACCCGAAAAAUCGAGGAGUAAUAAGAAAUCAAAGUCAAACAGAAUCUGUUGUGUUCCGGAAUGCCAUACAACUGGCUAUGAUGAAGUACCUGGCCAUGGCAAACCAAGUUUCCAUAAAUUCCCUGGUGUUGGUAACCCUUUGCGGACAGUAUGGCUAAACAAAAUAAAGCGUGAUGAAGGGCCAAACUUCAAGAUCCGGCAUCAUACAGUUGUUUGCUCUCUUCACUUUGAAGAAAACGCAACAGAAACAUUUGGAUAUUCAAAUCUUAGAUUAUUGAAACCGGGUGCUGUGCCUACUAAAUUUGAAUGUUGGAAAAAUAAGGUACACUUCAUCAAACCAAAAGCAACCAGAAAGCCCAACAGCCAUCCGCCUAAACAUGCCGAAUCUGUAUUAAGAUCUUCAUCCAGUGUUAAUGAAAUUCCAGAAAAAGACUGUAAAAUUAGUGUUCAACCCAUUGCUGACUCAAGCAGCAAUGCAUGUCCUUCAGAAACACAAGCUGAAACUGCAGAGAUACAAAGAGACUUUCUUCAUGAUCACCUUCAGUUUGUUCAAAACAAGUCGAACUUAGUUUUGCAAGAAAAUGAAAAUAUAAGGAAUGAAAUUGAUAAACUGAAAAGAGAAAAACACUCAUCAUUUAUACUUUGUGUUAAGAACCUAAAACCAUCAGAAUAUCCAUUUUAUACUGGCUUUCCAUCGAAAGAAGUGUUUGAUACUGUGUUGGAACUCGUUAAUCCGGGAAAAUGUGGAGAAAAUAUUGUGAUGUAUUCUCAGGAAGACAAUGGCAAUGAAACACCAAUGAUAGAAAACCCACAAAAGCUGUCUGCUGCAAAUCAGUUUCUGUUGUUUCUGUGCAGGGUCCGGGUCGGUCUAUUGGAAUGUGACAUAGCAAGACGGUUCAACAUUUCAAUAGACACAGUCAACAUGCUCAUUACAACUUGGGCAAAUUUUCUGCAUUUACGCUUAGGUUCUAUGAACAUCUGGCCAUCAAGAGAACAGGUUGAUAAGACAAUGCCAAUACCUUUCAAAGGAAAGUAUCCAACUACCAGAGUUAUCAUUGAAUGUAUAGGAAUCAAAACUGAGAUGGCAUCCUCACUUUUAUCGAAGAGUCAAACUUACUCGAACUACAAAAGCUCUAACACUUUAAAGGGUUUGAUAGGAACAGCUCCAUGUGGUAGAAUUACAUUUGUCAGUCAGUUGUAUUGGGGAAAUAUACCUAAUAGAGAAAUUGCACAGCGAAGUGGAUUCCUUGGUUUAGAAUUCAAAGCAGGGGAUAGUGUUAUGGCUGACAAGGGGUUUGACAUACAAGACCUGUUAGAUGAAAAAGAUAUCCGGUUGAAUAUUCCUCCAGUUUUAGGACAAUACAUUCAAAAGACUGACAUUGAAGUGAAAAGGACCCAAAUUUUUGGAGCUGAAAGAAUUCAUGUUGAAAGAGCAACUAAUAAAAUAAAGAACUUUCACAUCUUUGACCAGGUGGUUCCAUCCCCACUUUUCAGUAGCAUUAAUCAGAUAUGGUGUGUUUGUGCACUGAUGACAUUAUUCCAGGACCCAAUUAUAUCUUGUCCAGGCAUUAAAUAAAAAUUAGCAUGUGCGUGUCUGAGACUUAAAAUGCAGCAAGUUGACACUAACACCGUUAGGGGUCAAGUGGUAAACUCUGUAUAUUUAGCUGAAUUUGUUAAUUAGACUAUGAAUGUACAUGUUUUGUAAAUGUUUAUAAAUUUGUGCUUAUAUUAGAGGCAAAGCUUAACAUUGGUUGAACUUGUCCUAGAUUUAACCAUUUUAUUUACUUUUGAAAUAAAGUGUUGAAGUCUGUA